UCAGUCCAGCGAUAUCAAUUGUCUCGGCCUAUCAUGAAUAGCGUAUCUGUGUAUACAGCGGAGCUACCAUCUUUGAAAAAUUAUGUGAACUAUCAAGUUUGCUCACUGAGGAUCAAGGGGGACACGGAUAGCUAUGAAAAAGCGGCUUCUCUCGUAUCGGAUGGCCUGGUCUUGGCUUUGACUGCCUUGAAAACACUCAAUGGGAUGCGUGGCGCCGAUAUUGUGACGCAUAAAGGACCAAUAAUCAGGCAUAUUCUUCUGCAAGACAUUGGCAUCGCGACAGGGCAUCUUGAUGAGUACAUUUGGAUAUUGCAGAAUUGGACAGCAACGCUGACCUCGGUGCUUCUAUCGCGCCUGGCUCUGGACCUACGAGAGGCCUUUGCCGCGCAAUCGGGUGACUCUACCGAUUUCUUCUGCCGCACGUUACGGGACAUCAGCUAUGCGAUCCCGGAUGAUCAUGGAUUCGAGCCCGAGUCUGCUGACGAUUUAUGGUCUGUAGAGCUCAGCCAAAUAGGGGGAGCAUCCGGCACUG